AUGUCGUCCUCGACAAAAGUUAACCCUCACCGACCGUAUUAUAUUCCAGGCAAUCAUCAUCACAACUAUACUUGCAUUUCUUCUACCAAUGCUGACACUGUUAUUGUUGAUGAGAUAAACCAACAUGCACAAUUAAAAAACAUAACUACUCACUAUACUAGCUUUGCACUUUUGAAAUAUUUUACGACAAUGUUAACGAGUCCUUUCGAUGUUGGGACAACGUUACUUCAAGUCCAAUAUGCCCCGCAUGAAGAUGUGGAGGUGUUAGGUUUAUCUCAUCAGUAUUUUACGUCGAACUCACAGUUUUCUGGAUCAUUGUCGCACAUUGACUUAAAUAGUGAUUCUGAAGAAGACGGCGAUUUUUACAGUAGACCACAAAAUGGGCAAAGAACUUCAUUAGAUUCAGCCCGUCAUAGGAUAGACAACUCACCUGUGAGCGUAUACGAUGCAGAAAACCGGCCUAUUUAUCAAAUGGCACCUCUGAAAGGAGGGGGUGUACUGCAGAUACUCACUUCGAUCGUCCGACAACCAACAGAGGGCUGGACCUCUCUCUUUAAAGGGCAAACGGUGACAUGGAUAUAUGAAAUUUCGAAAACGUUACUUAGAUCUGCACUUGAAAGUACACUGAAUGAUAUGUUCGGUCUUUAUGACGAUACCAUCCCUCUUUUACAAUUGGACAAUGUCACACCUAAUAUAGCCACGUUGGUUGUAUCUCACAUCAUCGUGGGUCUUCUUCUCAGCCCUCUUGAAAUUGUCAAAACCCGAUUAAUCGUCCAGUCUGCUGCACCAUCUUGCAAGAAGUACAAUGGCCUGUUCCAUGCUUUACGUGAUCUUUUCAAGGAAGAGGGCGGCAUUACUGGCGUUUAUCUUUAUUCCAAGAAUCUGAUUCCCACUAUCUUUCACCAUACCCUUACACCAUUGAUUUCCUGCAGUACACCGUUGUUAGUAUCAAGGAUGCUUAAAGUAUCACCAGCAGAUUCCCCACUUUUGUACAGCGUUGCAGAUCUUGCAAUAUCAACUGUAGGACUGAUUGUUAUGCUACCUUUAGAAACAAUCCGUAAAAGGCUUCAAUGCCAGUUGCCACGAGAACGAUUGAAGACAACAGUGGCAAUCAGACCUCAACCGUAUAAUGGCGUACUGGAAGCUUUAUAUAGAAUAUUGAAGGAAGAGGGCACCCGUAAUAAGAAACGAAGUAAUAGCAAUAUGGCCGGACCUCUUAAAGCGAAACAUAAGAGGAAACAAAAAGUGCCAAAUCGCUGGAUGGAUGGUAUCUCAACUUCGGCAUCUUGCUCGUCGAACUCAUCAGAGAGCGAUUGUGAUAACAGGAAGGAUUUCAAAAACAAAAAAAAGCAACACGUUGUUAAAACGACAAGUGCCUGGGGAAUUCAUGGUCUAUAUAGAGGAUUUACUAUGCAAUUGACGGCUAAUAUUAUGUCAUUUGUAAUCCAAGCUUUGAAUGGGCUAGAAGGUGGCGGUGCCGCUGGAACCUCAACAGCCUUUUUCUUAAGGAAUGCAUUCCCUACCGACCGACACCAAGUGUCUAUUACUAUUUUUGAUCGAAAUGAUUAUUUGGGCGGUCGUAGUACGGCGGUGCCUAUCAAGGGAAACCAAUCUUUAGGGAUGAUUGAAUUGGGCGCCUCUAUCUUCGUAGAGGCCAAUACCCACUUGAUGAAAGCAACUAAAGAAUUUGGAUUGACUUUAGCGACCAUAACUUCAAUUGAAAAUGAUAAUGAUGAAAAUGUUAGCAUUAGCAGCGAUGGUAGACCAGAUUUAGGUGUAUGGGACGGCAAACAAUUCCUGUAUGAGGAGACUGGAAGUUAUUGGGAUAAUCUAAAAGCGUUAUGGCGGUAUGGAUUGACUCCAUUAAAGUUUCAAAGUAAACAGAAAGAGGUUGUUAAAAAGUUCAUGGAGAUAUACGAUGCAAGUGAAGGAUUUCAGGACAUCAAUCAGAUUGUAGACAAACUGAACUUUAAAAAUUUGCUUAACAUGACGGCAGAGAGCUAUCUGAAAGAAUUAGGCAUCAAUGAAAGGUUUUCACAAGAAAUAUUACAAACAGCUACUCGUGGUAAUUAUUGUCAAGAUUUGAAUGCUUUACACGCUCUAGCAGUUAUGGUCUCAAUGGAGGCUGGGCACGGUACUUGGGCCGUUGAAGGAGGUAACUACAGAAUAUUUGAAGAGUUUGCUCAUCGAUCUCAGGCCAGCCUACGAUUACAAACCAAGGUCACAGCCAUUAGCAAUUUCACGGAAAUUGAUUUUGAAGGCAAUAGUGUUUCUCGCUAUUUAGUUGAGACUGCUGAUGGAUCAUCAGAAGUAUUCGACGAGGUUGUGCUUGCUACGCCUAUCCUGUUUUCAGGUAUUCAAUUCUCCUUUCCCACUCAAUCAGAGCAGCGCCACUACCAUCCUGUGCAUGUAACGCUUGUGGCGGGGCAUCCUAAUCCUUCAUAUUUUGGACGUACUAUGGAUAAGAUGCCUACAUUUGUCAUCACAACCGGUGUACCUUUAGUGAAUCAUUUUGAAAAUGCUAGCGCACCUUUCUACACUAUUUCAGUACAUCGAUUUUUGGAUAAUGGAGAAAGUGUCAUCAAGAUAUUUUCACCAAAGUUGUUAGAAGAGGAAUUUCUUGAUGAGUUGUUCUUUAACCGAAGCUGGACUUAUCACAAAGGAUGGCAUGCCUUCCCCAAGUUAAGACCCAUUGAUGUUCACAGGCCUUUCCCCUCUUUCAAGAUCGGACCUGACAAUUACGACGACUUAAUAUUCUCGUCUAAUAUCAUAUAUACAGGGGCCUUCGAGAAUUUUAUAUCAACAAUGGAAACGCAGACGAUUGCUGGCAAGAAUGCUGCCAGAUUAUUAUAUGAAAAAUGGUGUGGCACCCCGAAAGGAUACCCUAACAGGAAUUGUGAAGGCUUUGGAGAUGGCUGGGGCAUAUAUUCUACUUGA